AUGUUACGGCAAGCCAUGCUGCCGUGCUGCUUCCAGAAUCCCUUGCGCCGCAGGUCACCCGCCAGCUGGGUGCUACUUGGCCUGGCCCUGUCUCGAUUCGCCAGCACCUUUGUGAGUACCGUGGCACCCGUGCAACGGGCCAAGUGGCCAUGGCAUGAGGCAGAGAGCAAGGUACGAUUGCUGAGCAGCGUCCAGACCCUUCAGAGCAACGUUAGAACUUUGAGUCAGGCGAGUCUCCAGUUCCAAACUUCUGAGCUCUUCAAAGCUGCUCUGCUUGCAGCUGCUAGCGACUUGGAGGGCGCCACGCUGGACCCUCUGGUGACCACAGCAGAUCCCCGCUUUGGGGAUUACCAGUGCAACAAUGCGAUGUCCCUUUUCAAGCAGAGUAAGCAACAAGGUGGCAAAGAUGGUUGGAAAAGCCCUAGAGACGUUGGUCAAGCCAUUAAAGAUGCUUUGCCGGCGGAAGCUGCUGAGCUAUUUGAAGAGGCUAUCGAUUUUGGGAAGGGUGGGAAGCCUGAGUUCCUGGAAAAGGAAAAACUGGUCACAGCCAGACCGGCUACUAACUUGCAGCUGAGCUCCAGUGGUAGCUUAGAUCUCUACUUUCAACGCUGGGAAAGCGACAGACGUCAGCGAGUUCGCGCUGUGGUUUUCAUCCACCCUGGAGAGACUGACCAUGCCACCUGGUACAACGUGUUGGCCGUGCGUUUGGCUUCGCUGGGCUGCAUGUCAUUGGCGAUUGACGUGCAGGGCUUCGGUCAAUCCGACGGAGCCCGUGGUUAUUUUGAGAGCUUCGAGGAGGUCAAAGAAGAUUUCAUUUGCUUUGUGAGGGCCAAGUGGUUGGCCAUUGUCCAGAGCCAAGCAGAAGUUCCUGGCCUGGUUUUUGUGGCAAAGGGCUUUGGCGCUUUGCUGCUGUUGCGAGCACUUCCGGAGAUCAAAUCCCUGGCUCACGAGACUGGCACGGUGCCGGUGCUGGUGCUGCUCUCGCCUGGCCUGCAGUUCAACAGCUUCAUCGGGGACCAGGGGAGUGUGAGCUGCGGCUUGAAUUCCUCUCAAUGUGCCACGCAGCCUUUGGCGCAAUGCGCUAGAGCCCCCAUGUCCUUGGGACCUGCUGGCGAGGGUCAGACUCUGGAGUACCUAUCCCGCUGGUUUCCCAAGAUGCUGGUCACGGACCCUGUGGAUCCUGACAUGGUCUGUCGUGAUCCACAGGCCAUUGACCGCAUGAGCAGAGACGCUCUAAUUUGGCGCCAAGGCUACAGGGCUCGCGUUCUGGCGGAGAUCCUACAGGAGCAAUCAAGGUUGCCUGACAUGAUCGAGCAAACACCCGAAGCCUUCUCCUGUCCUGCAUUGAUUCUGCAUGGUAGCAGCGACAAGCUCUAUUCUGCACAAGGAAGCCAUGCUGUUCAUCGUCUCUGGUGCCAGAAUAUUCAGGGGGGUGACGCACCUGGCAGCUUUCCAGUUCUGAAGAUCUAUGAUGGUGCCUACCAUCAGCUACUAAAUGAGCCGAAUCGGGAUGAGGUCAUCAGUGAUAUCAUUGCCUUUGUCAAUGUCGCACCUCAAGGCUUCAUCACCAUAAAAUUGAAAACAUCUUGGAUGCAGGAGCAGAUGGGAGAUCUAUUUGAGCAUGAGCUUCAGCUGAGAAGCAGCAGUCCUCAGAGGAUCGUCAUCGACUACUCCUCACCCAACAUCGCCAAGGAGAUGCAUGUGGGACAUCUUCGUUCCACCAUUUUAGGGGACACCGUCGCCAACCUCUUCUCCUAUUUGGGUCAUGAUGUGGUGCGGCUGAACCACGUGGGUGAUUGGGGCACUCAGUUUGGAAUGCUGCUGGAGUACAUGCGCCGAAAGGACGCCCUGGAUGGUGAAGCCUCCAUGGUGAGUGAUCUGCAGCAGUUUUACCGAAGUGCCAAGCAGGCCUUCGACGAAGAUGAGGACUUCAGAAAGUCCGCCCAGACCAAUGUGGUCGAACUGCAAGGCGGCUCCGAGUGGGCGCGCACUGCUUGGAACCGCAUUUGUGAAGCCAGCCGCAAGGAGUUUGACCUGGUCUAUCAGCGCUUGAACAUCGAGGGCUUGCAGGAGCGGGGCGAGUCGUUCUACAACGAAAUGCUGCCAGAUGUGGUCGAAGACCUCCAGAGGAAGAAUCUGGUGACAGAGAGCGAUGGCGCUUUGUGUGUCUUCACCAAUGUCUCAGAGACGCCCUUGAUCAUUCAGAAAGCCGAUGGCGGCUUUGGCUACGAUUCCACAGACUGCGCUGCGGUGAGGCAUCGGGUACAAGAUGAAAAGGCGCAACGAGUGAUCUAUGUCAUCGACAAUGGCCAGGAGCUGCACAUGCGAAUGGUCUUCAGUGCCGCAGAGAAAGCUGGAUGGCUCGGAGAGGGCCAGAAACGUUUGGACUUCAUGGGCUUUGGGCUUGUGCAGGGCCAAGACGGAAAGAAGUUCAAGACUCGUUCUGGUGAUGUGGUGCGGCUGCGGGAUCUCUUGGAUGAAGCGGCCUCGCGCUCGGAGGCUGAAUUGCGAAAACGGGCAGAAGCUGCGCAACGAGACAUUGAUACACAGAAGGAGGAGCAGCUGAAGAAAGAUGCGGAGAGCAUUGGAGUUGCAGCUGUGAAGUACUUCGACCUUCGCCAAAAUCGUAACUCAGAUUAUAGGUUCUCUUACGACCAGAUGCUGGAUCCCAAGGGCAAUACUGCCGUUUACGUCCUGUAUGCGUAUGCACGCAUAGCUGGUGUGCUGCGACGUGCCGAGCACGAUGUUUCAUCCUUGAGCUCGUCAGACUUGGUUUUGACAGAGCCCAGUGAGAGGGCCCUGGCCUUGCGCUUGAUGCGGCUGCCAGAGGUUUUGACCCAGCUGGAGGAUGACCUGUUGCCCAGUCGGCUUAUUGAUCAUAUCUAUGGCCUGGCUACAGAUUUCACCACCUUCUACACCGAAUGUUUCGUGAUUGGCUCAGAGCAAGAGAAGAGCAGAUUGGUACUACUGGAGGUGGUGCGGCGACAAUUGGCGCAAUGCCUGGGUUUCUUACGGAUCCAGCCCUUUGAGCAGCUCUGA